AUGGUCGUCACCGUUACUGGCGUGAUUAUAACGACUGCGCUGCUUUCGACUCCCCGCUCGCGCCAAUUCAACACACCACACGACAUCGAACAGGCACGACCUUGCGAUCAGGCGACACUAUUUGAAUCCGACAUAGCAUACAAGGAGCGCAUUUCAACGAACAUCACCACAUUAACAUCAACGAAUGCCGACGCGACUAAUGGCGUCAUCACUGGUCUCCUGUAUGUUCCCGAUCUUGACAAUGAUCGUGAGUGCGACCAGCAGCAGUACCAAUUCAUUCCUCGAAAUGUCACCCGACGAAGCAAUCUCCCUCCUACGAACUACAACCUCAUCGCUCUCGCUCCUUGGUUCAGUAUCGACUGUACCCUAGCCUACCUCGCUUCUGCGCGUCUCGACCCCAUUCGCGCCUUCAUUUUCUACAAACCAAAUAACUCAUCAAAUCAACCCCAAGAUGCGGACUCGCCUGUCUGGAAUCUUGAAGAUGGUGGGGCCUGGACGACUGCUAACAAGUAUCCAAUAUAUGCCAUUUCUGGCCAAGAAGGCCAGAACAUGAUGCAACAGUUAAGUUACUAUUCAGGCAAUGUGGACAACAUUCCCUAUGGCGAAAACAUCAGUACACUUUAUGGUCCAAAUCCGAAGGAUUAUGUUCGUAUCUGGACUGAACUCUCUGUGGAGGAUGAAUCCAAUAUCCCUCCGCUAUGGGCCUUUUUUCUUAUCGUCAUCGGUGCUCUUCUAGCAAUAUUCGCUUUCGUUUCGAUAACCAUGCACCUUGUUCAGCGACGACGACGAAUAACACUACGGAAACGAGUCGAAACUGGCGAGGUUGAUCUUGAAGCCAUGGGUAUCAAGCGCAUGACGGUACCAACUACUCACAUUAAUGGUUUCCCCCUAUUUACUUACAACGCGGAUCCCGAAUCGACAGCGCCCCCUCCGACGCCCUCGUCAGGGCGUCGCCUCCGAAGUAGCCGAGGAUUCGAUCAACACAGUGUCAGGUCAGGCGUUAGUGUUCGAAGCAAGCGAUCUAGCAUUGGAGCCUCAGGUGACAGCGCUGCUACCAACUUUCAGCCAAGUUGUCAUAUCUGCCUCACCAAUUACGAACACCGCGUAACCAUCAUCCGAGAGCUCUCCUGCGGGCACAUAUUCCAUCCGGAAUGCAUAGAUGAGUUUCUGUCCAAGAACAGUUCCCUAUGUCCUAUGUGCAAACAUUCUAUGCUGCCCAGAGGCUAUAGUCCUCGAAUCACCAAUGGUAUGGUCCGUCGAGAACGAGCUUUAAGAAAACUGCGCCACAGGGUAGAUCUCGAGGAUCUAUCGGAGGAACAUGAUAGCACGAAAGUGAAGGACUGGAGCAAACGGCUCUUCCGGACCUCAACUUCACCCUCCCGACCUUCCUCUGCGCCUUUAGUAGCCCUAAAACUACCAAGGUUUAGGCGACGGCCUGCUGAAGUACCUACAACGCAAAAUCAAGAAGUUGAUUCACCGUCGGCACCCUCGUCUGCCGCCGCACAUUCCGAGGGCCCAGAAUCAAGCACACGCCCACCUGCUCCAGCCAGGAUUCCGAAGCCAAGAAAACCCAGACCUCGUCUCUUGAAUAUGCUCCCGACACAGCCGGAGGAUUCAGAAUUGAGUACAGAACCAACACCAAGACGUGGAAGCCCUUCUUCUUUUGCUCGACAGCGCAUGCGAGAAAUAGCAGCCAAGAAUGCGCCCUUCGACGAUCCCGAUUCCCAAAGGGCUAUAUGGCUAAAGGCACUUUCGAAGGUUUUCCCAGGCUAUUUCUAA